AUGUUACUUAUUCAAUCUCCAAGUAUAAUUUUUGCAUUUAUAUUUUCAAUCGUUUCAAUUAUUUUAACAAUUUUAACAUUUAAUAUUGGUUAUAAUCAUCCAAAACAUCAUAUACAAUUUCUCAUUAUUUUACCUCCAUUAAAUAGUGUAUUUUUAUUUUUAUUAUCAUUAACAUGGAUUGAACGUCGUUUUCGUUUAUCAUAUAUUCCAUUUAUAUGUCUAGUUAUAUUAUUAAUUUCAUCAAUAACAUUAACAAUAGUAUCAUAUUUAUUUUUAUCAUUAUCAAUUAUAAUUUAUUUAAAUUUGAUUUUCUAUUCUAUUUUAACUAGUAUAGUAUUAUUAAUAAUUCUAAUUGUUAUUAUAUCUUAUUUAUAUGGUUCAAUAAAUAAUUAUCAAUGUCGUACUAAAUCGACAAUAGAUCAACAAAAUAAUGAAUUAUUAAAAAAUAAUAAUACAUUUCAAGUUGAUAAACUUGUAUUAAAUAUCAAUGAAAAUGAAUUAAUUUUAUUUAUGUCGUAUUUUCCUGGUAGACAUACAUAUCAUGAUAUACAAAAUAUAGUUAAUGAUUUAAAUCAAAUUAAUGUUGAUUCAAUAUUAACAUUAAAUGAAACAAAAGAAUUAUCAUUUAUGAAUAUAACAAAUGAUAAUCGUUAUAAUAUGGAUACAUAUUCAACCUAUAUAAAACGAGCAAAUAUUGAACAUAUUAUUUAUCCAAUUCGUAAACGUUUUAUACCUAAAUCAAUUAGUGAUUAUAUGCAAUUUUUAUAUGGAAUUAUCAAUAAUAUCAAUCGUUGUAAUUAUAAUCGAUUACUUGUUCAUUGUAUGAGUGGAUUAGGAAGAACUGGUAUGACAGUUGUUUGUUUUGAACUUCUUUAUGAAUAUAUUAUGAAUGAAAAUGAACGAAAAAAAGGACAUAAAUUUAUUGAACGAUUUUGUCAUUAUCCUUUAUUACUUGAGAAUUAUUGUCGAGUAUGCAAAUCUAUUUCAAAUGUCAGAAGAAUAAGACCAGGAAGUAUCCAUAAUCCAUUACAAAUCUUAUUUGCACAUGAAUUUUAUGCACGUUUAAAAUCUGAAUCUUAUAUGCAACAAAUCACAGAAAUAAUUAAUCUUAAUGAAAAACGUCUAUUGGACAAUUUUGAAGAAUUACGUUUACCAACAAAUAUAUAA